AUGGUGGAUAUGAUCUCGACGAAUGGCAACACUGGACUACGAAGCGGAUAUUUACCCAAGGUGGAGACUCUCGACACCUACAAUGACGAGUCGAUGCUCCAGGACCUAGUCGAAAUCAUGUCGACUCAGGCAGACUUCGCCCACUUGAGUUCCAAGGAGUACGAUUUGGAACUACGGGAAGCAACGAAGAUCGAAGAGACUGACGAAGACUACUUCUCUGAUGACUCUGACGACUCACCCGUCCCGCCUUGCUACACACCGGAAACACAGAUGAAUGUAUUACGGUGGAGACCCAGACUGUGGUGGAUUCCUGAUCGCAAGGACCUUAAAUCUGUCUUGGAGUUUCUCUACAUAUGGCCCACCGCACCUCCUGACCCGCCUGUUGACGACGCAUGGAUACCACGCAUGUACUUCUCCGCAGCUGCAGUAGCUACCCGCUUUCUCGAAGGGCUCUCUCCGCACGUGUGCAAACACUUACGCAAGAUCAUCAUCACGGAAGAUCGACUGAGUGUAGCUUCUCCUAUAGCCCAUGGGCAGGCUUUUAUACCGUUCUGCAUCGCGAAUCCUUCUCUCCGUGUAGAACGCAGGGUCGAUAUCUGGUAUACCGAGUUCGUGCAUAGAAGCGACUUUUUUCGGGAGGAUACAAGCGGAACAAUUGCGUGGAUUGCUACAUGGAUCAACGAGGUUAAGAUCUUGUACCAAAAGGCGAUAUGGCAAGAUGGCGCUAUGGAGAUUGCUCGGCGAGAACAGCGACAGUUUGAUGACGAUGACGGUGUGGCCGAAGACUUUGUCGACGUCAUCAAAGAUAUGCUACGCGGGGAGAUACCAGCGAGGUUCGAUGCGGAUAUGGGGGAGCUAUGGGAUAUCGAGAAGCUCUUACGCGAGAACGAUGGCGAUUGGCCUACUGAUGUCAGAGAUGUGUUCCGUCUUCAGGAUUUCGAUGAGCCCGAUGGUGGAUGGGAAGCGGCGCGCGAGGUAUACACGGAAGACGUAGCCUGGAUGGACAGAGUGAAUGGGUGGAGACGUUUGGCUGGGGAAGAGCCGCUGUAG